ACUCUGAAAAUUUUCUGUGACUUUCUAGGGAGAAGGAGGAGCAGCUGACUCGGGUGACAGAGGUACAGAGGCUGCAGGCCCAGCAGGCAGAUGCUGCCCUGGAGGAGUUUAAGCGGCAGGUGGAGCUGAACUCAGAAAAAGUCUAUGCUGAAAUGAAACAGCAGAUGGAAAAGGUUGAAGCAGAUCUAAGCAGAUCAAAAGUGCUCCGGGAAAAGCAAUCCAAAGAAUUCUCCUGGCAACUGGAAGAGCUCAAGCAGAGAUACGAGCAGCAGGAUGCGCUGGAUUUGCUCGGUUGUCGCCAUUGUUGGAAUUGUCUGGAGGAAUUCUGUCACGCUAACGGUGGCUUUUUAAAAGAUAGUGGAGCUGAAGCUGGAGCAUGAACAGGAGAAGACGCACCUAUUCCAGCAGCACAACGCAGAGAAGGACUGCCUGGUCCGACACCACGAACGGGAAAUCGAGAAGCUGGAGAAGCAGAGUCGCGCUGCCAUGGCCGAGCACGAGAGCAAAACUCAGGAAUGCAGGAAGCGAGAUGGGCAGGUAAUGAUCAAUAAUGUUUGAAAGGCGUACACUCAUUAGAAAAUGCUAAUAAUUGGGGUUUCCUGUUUUCCAGCAUGGUUGGUGAUGUACGCUGUGUGAUCAUUUGCGAAACUGGCACGUAAACGUGAUUUUGUUUUUCUUUUCUUCCUUUUUUUUUUUUCCGCUUCCCCCCUCCCUUCCCACUACUGAAUAGGGCUUUAACUGCAAAAACCACAGGUAGCCAGAUUAAAAAUCCCAUGGUGCGCUAUAACUCGGCCUAUUUAUAAUCUUGUCUCAUUUUCUUUCAUGAUGGAUUUGUUUAAGAAAAAAGGUAUCUGUUCUUCUCCCCCCUCAGCCCUCACAUUCACCCCUCCUUUUCUCCUUCCUGGGCAAAUCCAUAUGAAUUAUGUCUACUUCAUUUGUAUGCUUUUUUUGUUUUAAAUCUCUGCAGGUAACUCACAGAUGGCUUUAUUUCAUUUUUGUCAUUGUCUUAUUGUUUCAGUUUUGCAUUCUAGAUUUGCAUUGUGUGUUUGGCUACGUAUGUCAGAUAUUUGAUGAGACAAUGUGCCUUUUGGAUUGCUUACCAUCACGUUUAUUUUCCUACACACGCAAGCACCCCUCCCAUCCUCCAUCUCUGUGGUCACUGUUGGAAGCCAUUUGGCAGAAUAACCCCCAGCUGGGGUAGCAUUUGACUCUUCAAACUUCUGGACGAAAUGUGCACUGUCAGCAUGGAAAAUGAUCUUUAUUAGUUUUCAGUUUAAAAAAAAAAUCUUACUGC